AUGGUUGUCGACCGAACAUCGGAAUUCGGUAAUGCAUCGACUGGUAAAGAACUAAAAAUUCCAACUCAAAAGGUCCUUGUUGAAGAUAUUUUACAAGAAACAGUAUCUAUUACUAUCUCAGAAUCUCCCACAGAUUGUACAGAUGCUUCUACAACUGGUGAAGAAUUAACUUCAUCAAUCAAUCAGAAUAGAUCAUCAACACUUCAAACAUUUACAAGAUGUAAAAGUCCAACUACAAAUAACAGCAACAAUAACAAUAAUAAUAAUAAUAACAACAAUGACAGCAAUGACAUCAAUAAUAAUAAUAAUAGUACUAAUAAAAAUUCAUUAAGUAGUUCAUCGAAUACAACAUCUAUUGAAUAUUCACAAACAUCAAGUCCAGGUGAUUCAGGUCGUCGACGUUUAAUACCAGAUUUUAAUAUUGAUGAUUUAUUAGUUAUAUCUGAAUUAGGUCGUGGAAAUGGUGGAGUUGUUACAAAAUUACAACAUAAAUCAUUUGGUACAUUAUUAAUUAGAAAAACAUUUGAAUUAGAUGUAAAAACUACAACAAGAGCACAAAUUGUUCGAGAUUUACAAGUCCUUUGGGAAUGUAUAUCACCACAUAUCAUUGAAUUUCAUGGUGCAAUACAUUCUGAAUGUUUAAUCAGUAUUUACAUGGAAUACAUGGAUGUUGGUGGAAUGGAUUUACUGUUGAAAAUGGUUGGACGUUUUCCUGAACCAAUUAUUAUACAUAUUGCUGAUUCUGUUGUAUCAGGACUACUUUAUCUAUGGCAAGAAUUGCAUAUGUUUCAUCGUAAUUUAAAACCUUCCAAUAUACUCAUUAAUCGUGCUGGUAUUAUUAAACUGUGCGAUUUCGUUGUCAGUUUACAAUUAAGUGAAUAUGUAGCUUCUGGAUUUUUAGGAUUCUCUACUUAUUUAGCUCCUGAACGUUUAGCAGGUGAAAUAUUUAGUGCAGCUAGUGAUAUAUGGAGUCUUGGUUUGACAUUAAUGGAAUUAGCUAUUGGACAAUAUCCAAUCCCAUCAAUUGAUCCAGUUGAUUUUGUACGUGCUUUUGCACCAGAUCAAGAAACCAAUAUACUUGAACAUUUUAGAGCUGCAAAAACUGGUGAAUUAUUACCUACUUUAACCGAUCAAAAAAAUCGAUCUACCAUCAUUAGUAUGUACAAUUUAUUUACUUAUAUUGUAGAACAACCAGCUCCACGUUUGCCAGUUUAUUGUUUCUCGUCAGAAUUUUUAAAUUUCAUACAUUCAUGUUUACAAAAAGAUGCUAAUGAUCGUUUAUCAAUUGAAAUUAUUCAUAGACAUUAUAUACCAGAACUGAUGAAACUUAUUUGUCCACAUUCAAGAACAACAAGAACACCAACUACUACUACUACUACUACUACUACUACUACUACUAAUGACACAUUACGAUCUAAUUGUAUUGAUAAUUGUUUAAUUAAUUAUUUACGUGGUGUAUUUUCACGUCAACAAACUGAAGCGGUUGAUGCUGUUGCAUUAGCUGUUGGUGAAGAUUUUGAUGCGAUUGAUGAUACAGAUUUUGAAGUGACCACCACAAUGUUGGAUUCAGUUUAAGUUAUUUUUGUUCAAUGUCCAAU